AUGUUUCAGUGGGCAAAGCAGCAGUUGGCCAAUGUGGCCGGCACCCAGGAACCAAUCUGGGGACCUUCGGCCAUCAAGCCGGUCUCUGAAGAAGAUGCGCCUGGUGGCUACACCGAACUUUCGCGUGAUAGUUUGACAUGGAAGGAGCUCGACUACACCAAUGUCGAGAGCCAGACGUUCUACUUUGUCGCGGACAGCGGUCGCCUUGCCUGGGUGCAGGUGCUCUACAGCAACGUCAUCGGUAUCGCAAUUAGCGGCCAUCUCAAUAUCAAGAUUUACUCCCAGGAUCCCUCCAAGCCUCAUUUCUGGUCCUCGCUGCCAAUAAAUGACAUACGCUUCAGUGAGGAUAAGACUGCAAUCUAUGCCGAGGGGCUCUCUAUAGAGCUCUCCGAGAACGGGAAAUCUUACAGGAUUAAGACCUCCGUCAGCGAAGGGACCGCUGUAGACCUCACCGUCACGCGGGUUUCUCCCGGCUUCCAUGUUGGCAAGGAUGGAACAACUCUCUAUGGGACCGACCUUGAAAAUCCAUGGGGAUCGAUGAGACACGCUUAUUGGCCGCGUUGUGUUGCCGAGGGCACCAUCACCAUCGCUGACGAAGGCCCGGUUGACUUCCACGGUCAGUCCAUGUUCGUCUAUGCUCUCCAGGGCAUGAAGCCACAUCACGCCGCUGGAAAGUGGAAUUUUGCCUACUUCCAGGGGCCCAGUCAUUCAGCGGUCAUGAUGGAAUUUACCACGCCACCCUCGUAUGGGUCUACCGUGGUGAAUGUAGGUGGGAUCACCAAGGGCGACACAAUUCUGUUCGCCGGAUCUAAUAAUGCGGUUGGCCAUGUGAAAACGGAGCAAGAUCCUGAUAAUGACUGGCCGGAGCCGACACGCGUCAGUUUCACCUGGAAAGGUAAAGACAAUGACGGGAACCAAGUUGAAGCAAGUUUGGAAGAGGAUCUGGGGACAAGGUUGGACCGAAUCGACAUCAUGGCUGAACUACCUGCCUUCGUCAAAUCAAUCUUAGCCACCGCUGUCGGACUAAAGCCGUAUUGUUACCAAUACGCCACAAAAGCAUCUCUCAGAAUUAAGGUCGGUGAUCAGGAGAUUGUCGAGGAGGGGCAGCUUAUGACAGAAGCAACCUUCAUCUGUAUGUAG